GAGUGUUGAUACAGCGGCGCUAUUGUGCGGUCUCUGGCUGCCCCUUUUCGCUGGCCCAUCCAUAUCUAGCGCCUCUCACGGCCGCCGCUCUUGGUCUGACCCUCAAGCUCUUGCUGACCCGGGCGCUGCUCUUGGUCUGACCCUAUGGCAGCCAUACACAAAGCCGCACGCGCCGGGAACGUCGAGAAGCUCCGGCGACUGCUUGCGGAAGGUGUGUCGCCAGAUGCAGUCUAUAAUGAACAUGCUUUUUAUAUAACAAAAACGCCUCUUCAUUGCUUGUGCCGGAAUAAUAAUGGCGGUGACCGCGCGGCCUGCUUCGAGCUCCUUCGCGACGCGGGGGCAAAUUUGGAAGCGUCCGAUACUGGUCCGACUGGGAAUGGGUGGAGACCACUUCACUGUGCGGCUAGCAGUAAAAGUGUCGAGUUGGUGUCGCUGCUCGUUCAAGCCCGCGUUAAUGUGGAUGCGGCAGGCAACAGUGGUGUCACAGCGCUGCACCUCGCAGGACGCAGGGGGGCCGCCGAUUGCGUCGAAGUGCUCCUGGCCGCGGGUGCUAGUUUGGAUGCAAGACUGUCCCCGUCUGGGAUGAGACCCUUCGACAUUGCAAUCACACGGCCGUAUCGCCGUACGUGGCCGUUAUUUCUCCGCGCGGGCGCUGAGAUCCCCACAGAUAACACGGACCCGUACAUCGUACGAGUCAGAAACGCGGGCGGAUUCCAGAGAUACGCGCAAGCCCACGUCGCGCGGAUCGCAUCGAUCCUCGCGACGCCCCUCCUCCCGCCGGAGCUCGUCCGAAAGGUCCUCGCGUUUUGGCUCCACGCGGGGUACUACUGAGUAA